AUGACGAGUGUUCAAGCCACUAACACGUCCACUUUUAAAAAUAAAAGUAAACACCUUUCUAAAGAAUAUAUAAGUGAUGCUGAUAGUGAUGAUGAAUAUACUGGCCAGAAUUAUGCGGAUAGAAAAUAUGAACCACCAAAGAAUUAUAAACAAGUCAAACAUUUAAAGCUACUAGACAAAAACAUGGAGCACGGUAAAAAGGAAAUUUGGCUAAUCAAAGCCCCAGUGGAUUUGGACAUUUCUAAAUUGAAAAGCUUACCAAUUGAUUUCAAUUUAUCUACUGAUGGUAAUAAUGUUGCUACUCAUAACACUUCCAUUGAUAUUGAGAACAAUAACAAUAAUGCACUAAAAAUUCGGUCGAAUGAUAGCAGCACCAAUACAUCAUUUAAGAUUAGGGAAGAUUUGAGUCAAGAGGUGCAAAAUACGUAUCAAUUAUUAAUUAGCAAUAACUCGAAAACAGCAUUUAAAUUUGAAAAUGGCAACACUUCUGGUACUAAUAAGAAAAGUAAAAAUAAAAGCAAGACAAUUAUCGAUAAGUUUUUCACUAUUACUGCUAGUUCCACCAUCCCAUCCAUAGAUUAUAAUAAAGUUAAAACAGCAAGAUCUAAUGUCGAACAAAUUAAAGGAUUAAAAAUGGAACAUUUUGCUACAGGGUAUGAUAGUAAAGAUUACCUAGCAGAAGACAAUACUGAUAUUAAAACUUCUACAAACAAUACAGCCAAGAAACACAAGCAUCAUAAACACAGUAGUAGUAAAAAGGAACAUCGUCAUCAUUCCCACAAUGGUAAAGUUCAUAAGGAUAAAUCAACAAGUAGCAGUCAAAAAAAUUAA